AUGGAAAACUUAAACACUAUGCAAAAGAGAAACAAGGAACCAAAGACCAAGGCUCCUGGUAAUUAUAAGAAAGGUAACACUGCCGAUGCAGUCAAGAUCUUCUACAAAGGUAAAGAAGCUGAUUUGAUUGUAUUCGCAAAUACUGAAGAUGCUGUCCUUGCCUAUAGGGCAGACCCACAAUUGACCGAACUACCAAACGUUGUAGACGUAUUCCAAGUCUUCACUGCCGGUAGAGGUGCUAAGGGUAACCUUGGUGAAGCCUCUAUGUCUCAAAUGCAACUAGAAUUCGGUAAUGACAAGAGUAUCGAACAAGUGAUCGACGCCAUCUUAAAACAAGGUAAGAUCUCAGGUGUAGAGAACACUGUCUCCAACAACUCUUUCGAGAAGUAA